GUGCCUGACUGUGAUAAAUGCGAACAAGCAACAGCAGUAACUUGCUCACCUACAUGUGUUCCUAACGGAGAUCAUCUAAUUCAGGAGCAUGUUACUCCGAAUAUUCCACCUAUUCUAGAUUAA